AUGUCGGGGUUGGCGUUUAAUGGGCUUGCGCACUUCUGUUGCCCUGGCGACACUGAUGAGGUGGCUUGUCCGGCAGUUGAAUCUAUUGCCAUGCCCAGUCUCAUCACUAGGCGAGCAACACGCCAACAAUAUUCGCCCGUCUUUGGUAUAUGUCUGAUCUGUGCGAUAAUCUCCGGUGGCACAAGAACUUGCAUUCUCAAUGCGUCUUUUUCGACGAUCAGAAAGUAUUCUUUAAGAAGCAAGCCUCCCCAUAUUCGUUCUGGGCAAAAUCCAGUCGAGGCGGCCUCUUCGAUCCUCAUACACAUUACAUUUGCGAACUAG